UUGGCGGGCGAACAUUGGUUAUAGUGCGUAGUUGGAAGAAAAAAAAACGUUAGAAAUAUAAAUUUAAAACUGGCGUUAGAAAAAUAUUUUACGAUUUUAUUAAAAGUAAUAAAAUAAAUAAAUAAAAAACGAAUACGUCGAUAAAAAUCGUUUGAUAGUAAAAAAGUUUAACAACCACAACGCGUCAUCAAAGCGGUAAAGUGAAGAAAAUGAAGUGCUUGAUAAUGUGUAUGUGAAUAUAAUCAAUUAUAUGAAAGUAAAAUAUCUAUAAAAAAUUAAAAGACAAUCAAAAUCAUCAAUUCAAAAUGUUUACGGAAUUAUCUCUACACCUACACAGCAGAAAACAUAAUUGCCGUAGUCGACAUAUCUUCUCUCUCGACAUUAUACUUCUAUAUAUAGGUGUAUACAUUAUCGGAUGUGCAGCAGUUCCAGAAAACAAAUACCAUAAUGAUUUUCAUAAUAACUUUGCUACUGAAUAUGGAGCACCGCUUAUAACGCCUCUACUGGAAGAAGUAACGGUCGAAGUCAAUUCGAAUUAUACCAUACGAUGUGAAGCAAAUGAACCAGUUUUCUGGAAAUUCGACAACGCACUGUUUUUGAAAUAUGAAAUUAAGGAAUUUGAUACAAACGAUCCAGAAAGACCGUAUGGCAGUAUGCUAUAUCUUACCGAUAUAACCCAUGAUUAUGUUAGUAGUUAUGUUUGUAUAAAAAAUUCAAGCACAAAAUUAUCAGACGAUGUACAACAACUCGAUGAUAAAAUUAUAGAAUUAAUAAAUAACAAUCAGGCUUCAAGCAUAUAUCUGUACGUGAACGAUCAAAUAAACUUACUUGCACCUGUACCAAUUCCAAUUGUUGACGCCAAACAAUUUCAAGAUGUAGUCAUCCCUUGUAAGCCCACUUCGCCUCAAGUUGAUGUAUUGCUCACGACUCCCGGUGGCGAGACAUUCUCCAGUGAAAAUACGGGACGAUAUGAUCCACGGCGUGGCUUCGUUAUCGUUAUACGCGCAGUUACUGACGGUGGCGAUUAUAUAUGCCGUCCGAAAAUUCCCUCGCCAGACCAGGAGGAUGAACAAACGGAGUUUACUGUCCAGUUUUAUGGUAACGAUGACAUUAAUCCUAUGCGUUCUGAUUGGGAUGUAAGAAGAACGGUGGAGGCAACAUCUGUACAGAAUACUACGAAAACGACUUCAUCACAACAAAAAAGUACAGUAACUAACUCUCUUAAUGUAACUAAUCGCACUGUCUUUAGUAAACGUAAAAACACUAAUAAUAUUGAUAUUAAUAUUGAAAAAAGUCAAAAUAAUCAAAAUAAUCAAAAUAAUCAAAAUAAUAAUGUAACAAGUGAAAGAAAUUCACAAAAUAUUGGUGAUGGUAAUGCUAUUGUACAUAGUGUUGGUGAUGGUAAUGCUGAUAUGUAUGUGUAUUCUAACAACAAAAUCAAUGCUGUAACUCAUCGUACGAACAGUUUCGAAGAUAUUUCUGAUGUUAGCGUUGUUGAAACUGAUAUCGAUAACAAAAUUUAUGAUGAUGACGUAAGCAACGAUAACAAUUAUGAAAAACAAUCUAAUGAGAACAAUAACAGUGAUCCAUAUCACCUUUAUAAUGAUAAUCAAUAUCAAUUAACAACAAUAUUUUCGAAAAACAAACGUUCAGUACGGAACACAACUCCCUCGUACAAUACUCGUAGAACGUCUAUAUCCAAUAAUUCUAGUACGCAUCGACGUAAGUGUUUGUUUGAUUGUUUGAUUGUUUGAUUGUUUGGUUGUUUGUUUAUUUGUUUCUUGCUUGCUGUUCGUUAUGUUUGUCGUCUUAUUAAAUAAUUUUUUUUAUUUCCAUAGUACUUUUUAACAACUAUUUUAUGCCAAUUAUUCUUGCACUUCAUGUCUAUGUUCCU